ACAUGAGCUGAAUGUAUGGCGUAUCCCUCCUACAGGAUCCCUAAGUUCUUACAGGAGUAUUCUAUCAAAAAGUUUUAUAUAAGUAUCAUAAACUGUUAUUAAUUAAUUGUUAGAUAAUGGAACAACAUCCAAAUGCUUUAAAAAGAUUUGCAAAUGCCGUAUAUAACGUAAUUGAUGCACCUGUUGUAUUUUUUCGAGAAAAAAUCGUUGAACCAAAUCAACAAAAGUAUCCUUGGUAUCAUCAAAAAUUCCGUCGUGUUCCAACUAUUGAUGAAUGUUAUACAGAUGACAUGGUCUGUUUCAUUGAAGCUAAUCUUCAAUUUGAACGGGAUAGGGCUGUAGAUGAUGCUAUUUUGAAUAUUUUGAGAUGUCGAUAUGAAGAAUGUGCUAUGCAUCAUGAACUUGAUGAUAGAGACGAAAUUUGUACUCCUUUAAAAAACAUCUAUGAAGAAGCUAGUGGAGCUUGGUUUGCAAAAUAUGGUGAUUUACCUGCUACGCUUAACGUACAACAAGCGUUUAUGAAACAAAAGCAUCGUAUGGUUUGGGAACGAAGACAUGGUCCUGUAGGUAGUGGAAUGAAGACAUAAAUAUUAUCUCC